AUGGAUAGGUUUUCUUCUUGCUCUUUUGAGAAUUCGUUUUUAAAUCAAACUAAAUCCACAUCUACACCACAACCCCACCGACAUGAUCAUUCGGAUACCGGCUACGAGUCCUUAUCUGUCAUUUCGGAGAAGUCAGCGCGUGCAACAGCAGAAGGCUCAUUCUCUGCCUAUGGAUCUAGUUGUCUUAACUCUCCACUCACUACGUCCUCUAAAUGGAUGCGGGGACCUCCCGGGAGAUAUGUUGGGAGACGGUUCCUUGAUAUAAUUGGUGAAAUUUUUGUGUAUGACAAGUCUGGGAUGCUCCUUCGUUCUAUCCUCAAAUUCCUUGACGUCCGAUCCCUUAAAAUGAUGCGCCUUACCUCUAAAUUAUGGCGGAAGAUUGUUUCAAGUUAUCUGGCCGGUCAAGGCUCGGUGAAAAGACCAGCACUUUCCAAUGAAAUGGUAUUAGACAAAGAGAACACGCAGUGUCAAACCCCGGGAAAGGAAUUUGUGACACCUCGGGGCGUUCUGUCUUCUCGGCAGCCACACGAAGGCAAUAACUUACUCCGAGAAAUAUUAGUUCCCUCAAAUCAACUUAAUCCCGUCGUUACAGAUUGUUGGAAGGUCGCCGAAACUUGUGUUGGUCGUGAGGUAGUCAAACGCUGUCCAGUCUGCUCGGGUUUCGCUAUUCGUCGCGAAGGCACCUGGCCUGAUCAGCUGACUUGCCAACAAGAGGGUUGCCGGGCCGUUGUUUGUGCUGCGUGUUUCCAGAAACACAGCCCCUCCGCAGAUUGUCCUCCGUCGGUUUUACGUAACCCCAGCACCGGACGUGUUGAAAUAUCCAGCGAAACAGUCACUCCUCUUCCCCGUGCGGCCGUUCGUGCGUCUCAGAGGCUGCGUAAUCUUAAGACACCGAAAAACAACCGUGCUCUUUUGCGCCGACUCUAA